AUGCAGCGCGUCCCUCUCUCCAUCUGCUCGCAUUGCCGUGUACGUUCCAACCUCGCUGCACAUCUCGAAAGUCGCUUCUUCACCAGAAGAUAUGCCAGCCUUCGUCCUUCGAACAUAGUUCCUUCCCAUGCCUUGCCAAUCCCGCCAAAUCCUUCUUGGCCACCGCCUUCGAAUGCGCCGCGCGACCGCGUACCGCACGGCUCGAAGUCGAAACUUAGAUCGAAGCCAAAGUCUGCGUCCACGCUCUCAGCUGACCAAAUCUUGGACACAUUGCAAAGCGAAGUCGCUUUCUGGUCUAAGGCAGGCAAUGUGCGGGCCAGGUUAGGACGCUUCGGCAUUCCUGCAAAAGAACUUCGUCCCCUCAUGAACGCGUUCGAGAAUGACAUGUACAAUGGCAUCGCGUUCGACCCGGCUACCUAUAGCAAAGAUCGUAUGGCCCGCUUCGCCCGGGACCUCUCCGGACCCGACAAAUCCUCCACUCUCGACUCCAUGCUAACGUCUAUAUUCUAUGCAUGGGCCUCCGACCCUGCGCGCGGAGACCUUGUCUCUCCUGGAACCCUCCACUACGUGCGCGCCCUUCGAAAAUCGGUCGACUUUUCACGCCUCGCCGACGCGUUCCCCCAUGCUCGCGCAAUUCAUCGCAAAGUCAUCAUGCAUGUCGGGCCCACGAACAGCGGAAAGACGCACAAUGCUCUCCGUGCGCUCGCUGCCGCCUCCUCCGGGACCUAUCUCGGGCCCCUGCGCCUGCUCGCGCACGAGAUCUACGAGCGACUAAAUACAGGUCAGAUCGUCCCCCUCGGUGCAGAUCCUGAGAACGACCCCGUCAUCGAGCCCGCUGACGACAGCAACUUUGACACCGAUCCGUCUCAGCCCCGUACGAUCCGCAAGAUCGGCGACCCGCGCUACGCGAGGGCCUGUAACUUAAUCACAGGCGAGGAAUCGAAACUCCUGGAGAAUGCAGCGCUCUCUAGCUGUACGGUGGAGAUGUUUAUGCCGCAGCGACGGUAUGAGGUGGUGGUGCUGGACGAGAUUCAGAUGAUUGCAGAUCCUUUCCGCGGAAACGCUUGGACAACCGCCGUGCUCGGUGCCUGUGCGAACGAGUUGCACUUAUGCGGAGAAGAGACGGCCGUGCCCAUCAUCCAGGCCUUGCUUGCCGACACCGGGGACGAACUCAUCAUCAAUAGACAUCAGCGUUUGUCGCCCCUCACCAUCGCCGACACUAGUCUCUCGUCUGAUCUCAGCCAGAUCCGGAAAGGAGACUGCAUCGUCACGUUCAGCCGCUCACACAUCUUCCGGUUGAAGGAGCAAGUCGAAAGGGUGACAGGCCUUCGGUGCGCAAUCGCGUAUGGGCGUCUGCCUCCUGAGAUACGCACCGAGCAAGCUGCGCUGUUCAAUGACCCAGACAGCGGGUACGAUGUCUUAAUAGGCAGUGACGCCAUCGGCAUGGGCCUGAACUUGAAGAUCAAGCGUGUCGUGUUCGAUGCCCUUGAGAAAUUCGAUGGAAGCAAGGUGAAGCCGCUUUCCAACUCGCAAAUCAAACAAAUCGGCGGACGGGCUGGGCGCUUCGGACUUCAUGGCGACGGAGAUCAAGGCGGCAUCGUGACGACCCUCAACCCGGACGACCUGCCCCGCCUGCGGGUGGCCAUGGAGGCGCCGAUCCAGUACAUUACUUAUGCGCGUGUCGGAUUCGGCCCGGGCGUGUUCGAGAACGUCCUCAGCGCGCUGCCUCCCGGCGCAUCUAACAUGACCGCGCUCGAGGUGCUUCAAUACGUGUCGUGGCUCACGCCGACGCUGGAACCGGUAGAGCUGGGUUGGAACGAACUUGCGGCUGCGGGCUUCGUAGACGAAUUCUCGGAGGGGCUCUCGAUGCACGAUCGCGGCGUAUUUGGGAACGCGCCGUUUCCGAUGCGGGAUUUGGUGUGCAAGGAGUGCGUCGGGCGGAUGUUCAAACUCUUCCGUGACCAAGGUCGGGUGGACCUUCGCCGCGUACUAGAGUCAACGGACUUGCUGGAGGACCUGAAUGACGUUCUGCGGAUGAUGAAUGCCAAAACUGGCGAACGUGUGUCCCCAAACGUCCUCGGGAGACUGGAGACGCUGCACAGAGUCCUCUCUACCUACAACUGGCUCUACGUCCAGCGUCCCGUUGCUUUCUUCGCGAAGGACCAGGCCACGGCGCUGAAAGAGUCUGUGGAGCGGGCGAUGGAGUAUAGUCUGCGGACGAAUGCGGCGAAUCGGACGACCCCGGCUGUAUCAAAGAAGCUAGUGAAGAGCCGCGUCGAUUUGCGGUCCAUGGGCAGAAAACGGGCCUAGUCCGACUCUCGCGCCGUCUUAUCCAUGUUUCCUCGCCCAUGUUAAUCAGGUCUUGCUCCUUGAGGAUGAGUCCCAGCGAGUAUCGUUGAUCUUAUGUCACUGAAUAGCAUUGCGGUGGACGGGCCAUAGGAGAGCCACUGUCAUUUACUUAUGUCAAAUAUCCUCAUAAGUGAGCACAGCGUACAUUUAGAUUAGUGAAUUUCCACCCUUCUCUCUUCGCUCGACUCCUUAUAGAUUUUGGGUCACCGGCAGCUAUUUAUGGGAAGAGAUACUUUUCCAAGCUCUUAAUAAAAUAGUCUCACACCGACUUC